ACACAAGUAAGCAAUAUACUCAUUUAAGAGCAUUUUGAGGACUUUCCCCGCUAAUAUCAGAGGGAAGUGAAGCAAGAUUGACACCCUUUGCUUAAAAUUAUGUUCCUGAUUGAAACAUUUGUAAGCUUUCUGGAAAACUAUCCGGGACUGGGAAAAUGCAUUACCCACUGACUGCAUACAAACACAGCAAACAGUUUACAAGUUAUGACUUCGAGAGACAUCUUGAAUACACAGAAGAUGUUUCAUGUUCCAUCAUCUCUUGGCCCCUGUGAGAAACGGCAAGAUCCAGCAACCGAGAACAACCCAUUUCAAACUAAACAUGAAGGCAGAUCCCUCUCAAGGGAUUCAGGAGUCAGCUCCACAGAAAUAGAAAUAAGAAGUCAGAUGUCCGACAGCGGAGAUGCAUCAGGAUCGGCAUCCCCUUUCUUUGGCCAAAAUGAACCACUCGUGGACACUGGAGAAAUCAGUGGUUUAUCCGAACAUGAGCUCCUUGAUAUUACAUAUGAUGCAUGCAACACAAAAAACACGGGGAAGGUUCUUGCUUCUACAAUCAUGCAGUACUUGCAGGCUAUGACAGGCCAGAGUGCUGAGCAGGACAAACUGAUUGCCCUGAGGCGUAUGCUGGACCCUGACUGCCAGGACCAUGUGGUGAGCAGGGAGACCUUCCACUCCACCAUGAAGGAAUGGAUCGCCCAAUGCCACCAGGAAAGCACCGAUGUGGAAGACCCUCGUGCACCCUGGCCGGAGGCUUCCAAAGUGUCUAAUGGUUUGGAUUUCUCAAGUCCUCAAAGUGUAGCUCUCCCAGAGACGGUGCAGUGCUUCUGUGAUUCAAAGGAGCUGUUGGGUACAGUAACCGAGCUGAAGUGCGCCCACCACAAACUGACAGAGCAGAACGGCAGGCUUUUAAAGAUGGUGGCUCAGUGUGAGGAUGCCAAUCUCCAGCUGUCUGCUGAAAUCAUCGAGAUGCGUAGCAAGGUAGCCAGUGGCCAACGGGCCGUGGCGAGAGCCAGGUCUCUGUCAGCGGAGCUGGAGGAUGCACACCGAGAAGCUCAGGACAAAGCUAGCCGCACACAGACCAGCUGCACCAAACUGAGCAAUGAAGUUGAAUGCCUAAAAGUUCACGUCAGGAUACUUGAGGAUAAGAAUGACAAACUUGCCUUUGAAAAGAUAUGCUCUGAAGAUAGCAUCAAUAAACUAAGGAAAGUGAAUUCAGAAUUGAGGGUAGAGCUUGAAGAAACCCUUAUCAUGCUGACACUUCGAGACAGAGAAAUAUCUAUGAGGGACAGUCUAAUGGAUAAGAUGAAAACCUCCCAUGUGGAGAAUUGCAACAUUAUUGAGGGUCUACAGUCAGAGCUAUCAAGAUUGCAAGAACAUUCAAAGCAAGCUCUUUUAAGGUUUGACAGGCCCUUCAGCAGCCUGCACAGCCUGCACGGGCGCAGCGGCGAGUCAGCCAACCACCGCUCCCUGCACACCGAGAUCCAGGACAUACAGCAGCCGCAUUAUGCUAGUGUGGAGGAAAUGAGAAUGCCCUCUCUGCACAUCCAGAAAGAUGGCCUUCACAGCAUCAUCCAUCGCAUCAAGACUGCUGAGCUAGCUCACUGUCUUCACACCAACUACGCUGAGCGGGACUCUUUUUCCAGUGAAAACCAGGAAAGGCCCUAUGCUCAGAGCCCACUGCAACAGGCGAGCAUCAAGCAGCAGCUUGUCAAUGUGCUGCGGGAACUGGAGCUGCCAAGGUCUGCGUGGGAAGACAAAGGGGACAAGGUGCAGGAUCUGGGGCAGAACCAGAGCAAGCCGAAGACGCAUAGCCAGAGCCCGGCCCUGGCCCCAGCUCCAGGAGCCAGGAACGUUGCUGUGGUGAACUGGUGGAGAGCGUUGAACGUUGAGGGAACAAAGACCAGGACGAGCAGGGAUGAGGACAGCCACUCCUGCCAGGCCCUGUGUGAGGCACGGACCAAACUUCAGCAGGCGGAACGGACCAUCGGUGAAAUGAAGGUGCAUCUCCGACACCUGCAAGCCGCUUUAAAGACUGAGCAAGAGCAUGUGAUCGAGUGUCAGACCACCCAUGCCAAAACGGCAUCGCCGGUACUUCACACGAGAGACGAGGAGACCAACACGGACACAGAGAGCAGGUCAGAGGCUGCUCUGGUACUUAACACCAGAGACGCGGAGACCAACACGGACCCAGAGAGCAGGACAGAGGCUGCUCUGGUACUUAACACCAGAGACGAGGAGACCAACACGGACCCAGAGAGCAGGACAGAGGCUGCUCUGGUACUUAACACCAGAGACGAGGAGACCAACACGGACCCAGAGAGCAGGUCAGAGGCUGCUCUGGUACUUAACACCAGAGACGCGGAGACCAACACGGACCCAGAGAGCAGGUCAGAGGCUGCUCUGGUACUUAACACCAGAGACGAGGAGACCAACACGGACCCAGAGAGCAGGACAGAGGCUGCUCUGGUACUUAACACCAGAGACGAGGAGACCAACACGGACCCAGAGAGCAGGACAGAGGCUGCUCAGGUACUUAACACCAGAGACGAGGAGACCAACACGGACCCAGAGAGCAGGACAGAGGCUGCUCUGGUACUUAACACCAGAGACGAGGAGACCAACACGGACACAGAGAGCAGGACAGAGGCCCCACUGGUACUUAACACCAGAGACGCGGAGACCAACACGGACCCAGAGAGCAGGUCAGAGGCCCCUCCGAUCCAGGAACUAGUCAGGGCCAGGGAGGUAAAGGAUGCGGCUGUCGGCCCGGACUUGGACAAGGAUAACGCCCGCAGAGACGCCGCGGAGAGGCAGGGGGUCGCACACGGCCUCGCCGCUGACGGACUGCUGGCCAGCCUGAGGAAGAUGGAGGCUCUGAUCAGUGGAGCCCUGGAGACGGCGGAGGGGGUGAGGCAGAGUGAGCAGAGGGUUAGCCUGGUGAGGGAGAGGAUGGAGAGCAUCGCCCAGAAGGUGAGGGAAGCGCUGGGGAGGGCAGCGGACACAGACCUCCAGCUGAGCGCCCUGGAGGCCAGAGGGUUGGAAGGGGAUCAAGCCGUGCCAACAGCUCCCAUUGCGUCACAAUGCCUUGUAUCAAUACCGGCUGAUUCUACAGUGACCGCUGACACAGGACCAACAUACACUGAGCCACUUGCAAGUCCCCCUCCACCUCUGUCUCCUCCUAUGUCUCAAGAAGCCAUUGAGCAGCCACUCACAAACGCAGGUGACAAAGGACAAGAGAACAACAACGUGAAGCAGCAGCAGGAGGAGGAGCGGCGACCUAUCGGCUCUGGGGUUGGACUGAGCGGGCGUAAUCCGGAGAAGACCUGUGAAGCUCCGUGUGUCGCUGAGGCCCCCUUUAUCUUCCCCCACACCCGCUCCCGCCCCACCCAGCUCCCUACCAUGCCCACCCUCCCAGAGGAAGAGGAGGACUCCCCAGAAGAGGUCGACAGCUCCUCUAGCUCGCCCAGCACGUACGUGGCAGGGGAGAGCCAGGCGGUGGUCAUGACGGCACCCACCAUUGUGUUCCCGCAGAAGGCCACGGUGGUGCUGCAGGAGGGUCACCCACUGGACCUGGCCAGACCACACAGUCCACGGAGUCGCUUGUCCAGAACCUCCCUCUCUGGGACGCCCAUUACCACCGUGGACAGCGCCGGCCAGGUGAUCGACCUGGUGAAAGAUGCGCUGCAGGAGCCCCAGCUGUCGGAGGAGGAGCGCCUGAAGAACCUGGAUCUGCUGGAGCAGGCCAAGAAGGUCAGCGACCGCUUCCUCACGCGCCGGGGACGCAGGUCCACCUGCAGCCUGACCGAGGCCCCCACAGGACUUACUCCAAAUCCAACUCCACCACCCUCGCCAUCUAGAGCUGUAGGAGCAGCAGAGGUGAGCUAUGCUGCUACACAGUCAGCCAGUCCGGUGAAGGACCAGCCCAAUGUCCCAACUCAGGAGCAGGAGGGCGCCCGUCUCUUGGUGGACUGGAAGCCGGCCGAGAAGAGAAAGGUGUCCUCUGGCACCCUAACGCCCCGCUACGCCGUCCAGAAGGAGAACUGCGACCCGUCCCUGGCCAAGAAGAGCAUCCCCGCUCCCGCCUCUCCGGUGGCUGCCGCCGCUCCGACCGCCGGGGGCCGCCCGGAGGAGGGGACCUCGGGGCCCGGACGGAGCCCCACCCAGGCCCCGGCCACAGGGGUGGCCAAGCCCGUCCCCCGGCUGCCCACGCAGCAGGCGCCGUGCACGGCCGAGAUCAAGACCAUCGGGGCCUUCCCCCCGUUGAUGAGGGCCGUGUCCUGGGACACCGUGGGCACCCUGAACAGCAGGAACGGAGCUCCGCCCCCGGCCCCCGGUCCCGAAGAGGUCUUCACCUUCCCGGAUAAGUCCCGGGACGGCCAGUCCAAGCAGUCGGGGUACAAGGACUUCCCCGCCCAGCCCGUCGCCACACAGAAGCUUUCCAAACUUAGAGAGGAGCACAAGCUACUGCGCAACCAAAGCAUUGUGGGGUCAACGUUACCAGAGUUGAGUGAGACAAGUGAACACGAAAAAGGUCUACCGUCGCCUACCUCUCCAGGGGGGGAGGAUGUGAAGGAGAAGACUGAUUCCAUGCCCAACAUCUCAGACGUGAUGCUGAGGAAACUCAAGCUCCACCGUGGCCUGCCUGGCUGCGCACCCCCCCUCACUGAAAAAGAAGUUGAGAAUGCCUUCGUCCAGCUGUCCCUGGCCUACCGGAACGAUAACUACACCCUGGAGACACGCAUGAAGCAGGCGGAGCGGGAGCGCCACCUCACCGAGGAGAACACGGAGAAGGAGCUGGAGGAGUUCAAAGGAGCUCUGAAGAUGACCUCCCCCCAGUGGCAGAACCUGGAACAGCGGGAGGCGUACCAGCGGCUGAUUGAGACGGUGUCAGUACUGCAUCGCCUGGCCACCAGGCUGUCCAGCCGGGCUGAGAUAGUGGGGGCCGUGCGUCAGGAGAAACGCAUGAACAAGGCCACAGAAGUGAUGAUGCAGUACGUGGAGAACCUGAAGAGGACUUAUGAGAAGGACCAUGCAGAGCUGAUGGAGUUCAAGAAGCUGGCCAAUCAGAACUCCAUCCGCUGCUAUGGAGGAUCUAUUGACACUGGAGAUGAUGGGGUUCCCCGACCAUCAAGAUCCAUGUCCCUCACACUUGGAAAGGCGCUGCCAAGACGCAGGGUCAGCGUGGCGGUGGUCCCCAAGUUCAACCUCCUCAACAUCCCGGGUCAGACCCCCGCCGGACCCAUCCCCGCACCCUCCUACGGCCCCCCGCCUCCGUCCGCAGGCGCAUCCGGACCCCUCGGUGGGGCCGCUCUCCCUGUCCUGUGUGAGGCGACGGAUUCAAAGGGCAACGCUUCUCCUGUUGAGGCCGGACAGCCAACAGAAAGUGGAAGUAGGGUGUCAGCGCCGGAGGGUGAGCCGGCUGCUCCGGCAAAGCCUGCGGUCAACGUGGAGGAGCUCCGGGCCGAGAUCAGGGCUGAGCUCAAGGCUAAGAUGGAAGAGGAAUACUAUAAUAAAGGAUAUCAAGAGGGACUAAACAAAAGCAAGGAGAGCCAAGAGAUUUGCGAGGAGCCCGAGAAAGUCCAGGCAACCUUGCUGCAGUCUGGGAACAAAGACGAGGAAAGCGGGAAACGCAGCAUGGCAAAGAAGUCCAGCAGCAAGAUGCAGGAGGUUCUUGUUCUUCUCGACCGCUACUGGCCCAAGAUUUCCUGGCGACAUCGACCCUUUUGGAUUGCCCUGACACUGUGCCUGGUGAUCUUUCUGGUGGUCAACGUUUUUACAUACUUAAAUGGAUACAACAACAGCCAUGUGGACUCAGCAGAAAAGGCAUUGGUGCAGGGCAAGAAGAAGAUCUUUGGACUGACCGUGGCGGCACAGCCGAAGAAUCCCACCACAGAAUAACCAGGAGAAACUCAUUCCUUUCAUUCCCCUUGAACCGUCCAAUGAUGGAAGCGUCUUCCAUAUCCUCACAUUAUAGCGGAUGGGAAUCUAGAACUCUUUGUAGGACUUUGUGAUUAAAGGGUGUAGGCUUGGGAGCUUUAAAAAACAAAAAAACAACCAAAAAUAAUAUAUACAUAUAUAUAUUCUUUUUUAUAUAUAUAUAUAUAUAUAUAUAUAUAUAUAUAUAUAUAUAUACAAUUCUGCCCUAUCGCUUACAAUAUAAUUUGGAUCACAAACUUACCAAAUGAAUGCAGUUGGUAAAGGGAUACUGUGUUAAGGGACCAAUAACAGAGUACGAUUCGUGCGGUUAUAUAUUUAUUUGCUGUAUCAGAUGGAACUCUGAAUGAUAACCUAUUGGAUUGCUACUUCAAUACCACACUUUAGACAGGAGACAGCAUGUACAUGUCAACUCUUAUAGUGUCCUAAUGUCUAAUCUCUCAGGGCUGGUAGACUAUAAAGUUCUGGAGAGUUGGUUAAAUGGAUAUUUAGAAUAUUUUUCACUGUAAGUAAUAUAAUUCUAUGAAAUAUUUAAGCAGAGAUGUAAGCACAUUCCAGUGUAGUUUUCUUAAAGUGCAAUAUCUUGUUAUUUUCGUGUCGGUCGUUCGAGCACCUACAUUUUUUUCUCUCUCAAUGAGUGCACACACUUAAAAAACUCUUUUUGCACCUGUGUGUCAAACUGUGUUGUAUUUAAUGCUGUACCAGAUCACCUUUUCAAUAAAGGUGCUUGAAAAACGGA